CCCGCGCUCUGGUGCGCACCUGGGCCUGGAGCCCGACGCGCUGCAGGGGGAGCGACACCGCAGUCGCCCGGCGCCGCCCCCCGCCCUGUCCGGCCGGUACCCCCAGCGCAGCGCAGCGCGCAGGAGGGGAGAGGAGGCGCUCCCGCGCUUUCGAAGACGCACCUGUAGGGAGCGCCCACCUAAGCGGGAAGUCUCUUAUCUCCUGGCGUGGCGCAGCAUCCAGCAACUCGAGCGGCGGCGACGGUUCUGAGCCGGGGCUGAGAGGCGGAAUGGAAGGUUUCCUUCGGCUGCUGUUCGGCUACUUGGUGGCGGACUUGCUAACGCUGGUUUGUCGGGCUCAGGAGAAAGCUGGCCAGCAGCUGGGGAGCUUCGUGGUGCUCUCGGGAGGAAACCACUCCAGCCUUGGGGAACAACUGGAUCCCUCCGAGCCACCUCCCACGCCGGACUUCUGCAGGGGCUACUUCGAUGUGAUGGGGCAGUGGGACCCCCCCUUUAACUGCAGUUCGGGGGAGUUCAUUUUCUGCUGUGGCACUUGUGGCUUCAGAUUUUGCUGCAAGUUCAAGAAGACGAGACUGGAUCAAAGCACCUGCACGAACUAUGAGACGCCGCUGUGGAUGAACACUGGGAAGCCUCCUUCCCGCAUAGAUGACCCUCUGCACGACCCCACCAGGGAUAAAACCAACCUCAUCGUCUACAUUAUCUGUGGGGUUGUGGCAGUUAUGGUGCUGGUGGGAAUCUUCACCAAACUAGGGCUGGAGAAGGCGCACAGACCUCAGCGGGAGCACAUGUCCAGGGCUCUUGCUGAUGUGAUGCGACCACAAGGUCCGUGUACAACAGAUCAUAUGGAAAGAGAUCUCAACAUUGUAGUACAUGUGCAACAUUAUGAAAACAUGGAGACAAGACCUCCUCCAAAUAAUUUACAUCCACCACAGAUGAAUAAUGUUAUGCCAACAUCCCCCCUCCUUCCUCAGAUGGCACAUCAGCACUCAUAUCCCAGCCUGGGACAGAUCACAAACCCGUAUGAGCAACAGCCCCCGGGCAAAGAGCUUAACAAGUAUGCCUCUCUAAAGGCAGUCGCUGACAAAGUCAACGAUGACUUCUACACCAAACGCCGACAUCUUGCAGAACUGGCUGCCAAGGGGAGCCUGCCACUCCACCCAGUGCGCAUUGAGGACGACAGAGCAUACACAAUCGACAGCGGCUUCACCAAACAGAAUGGGCAGAAGUCCAAAAUGGCAAAGAUCCACACACAGCCAUUAGGCUACAAUUCUCAUUACAAGACCUGGGAUCCGAAUGACCAGUCUCUUAGACGGCAAGCAUACACAAACAAGGGGAAACACAGUAUGGGAGACCCAACAUUAAGUGACCCACUGACAACCCGGAGUCAGAAUUAUUUGGGCCCACAGCCAUACUUCAUAACCAACAGCAAGACAGAAGUAACUGUUUGAGCUUUUCUUUUCUUUCUUUUUUCUUUUCUUUUUUUUUUUUUUGUAAAGAAGUCCUUUAAAAAAAACACAUACAAAUAUAACACACAACACAAAUACUCAACUGAAAGGCAAAAAAUAAAUUUUAAAACAUAAAAAGAAAAAAAACCAAAAAAACCAAAAAAACAACACAGGGGAAUGAAAAGAAAGCAAGCAAGAUAGGAAGGAAAGAAGGAAGGAAGCUACACAUGGACAUUCUUGGUAUCCAGCUAACUAGACCGAAGAGUGAGUCAAUACCAUUCAGCAAUACACACUGAAGGUUGAAUUAUAAACUCCAUUUGUAUUUGACAAUGGAACAUAAACCCUUGUGACUAAAUUUUUUUUACUUGAAAUUAAAAUCCAUGAUGAGAAGUAGCACAAUCUGGAGAAAUUUUAUGUCUGCUUAAACAUUUACUCUAUGUACCUGCCUUGAGACAGAGGAAGAAGAGAAAACCAUACAGUGUAAUAUAUUAUUUCAGUGAGGAAUUUUGUAUAAAACCUAUUAACAAUCACUAGACCCAUGAAAAGCCAAGACCAAACAUCUUGGUACAAUCCCUAACAUCAAUUAUCAUACUUUCCUCCCAUUCUAUAGAAAGUGCAAAAAAUAUUUAUACAGUAAGAAAGACUUUCAUGUGGAAUUUAUGAAGACUGUUACAUUUAAGAGCACAUGCGACCUUUCCGGCUGACAGUACAGAAUUCUGAGGGAUAAUAACAAUCAGCAGAAGCUUUUGUUUCACUUUACUUUGAUUUGAAAUUUUUGGGAUCCUUCAAAAGAAGAGACACUUCAUGUGACACAGACAGCUGCUGGGGGAAUAAGGGCAUCAAAACACUCCCUCCAGUCCUCCUGUUUUCAGGCAGAUGGUAACAAUUCUCACUUCGAAGACAGUAAGGACUUUUUCUUCAUUUAAAUGUUUUGCCUAUCUUCAACUGCUUCAGACUGAAAAUAAGCGUGGGUGGUGCCUUUACUGUAUUACUAUUGUUCAAUGACAGUCUUGUUUCUUCAAGUGACCCCUCUGUCCCCUUAUGCUAUGUCCUCAUGUUUUGCUAAGGAUGACAAGGGCUCUGCCCAGCUCAGCCCCCCGUUUGUCCUGAAGUGAAACUGGACUACAUCUCCAAGCAGUGGUUGCACUAUUUAGUUAGGCCCCUCCAUUUUCCUAGUUUAUUUGUAUUUGCUUUUAGCCAUGGUAGUUCUUUCUUUGUAGUUCAAUUAAAUGUUAUAUGGUAUACUGUCUCUAUGGUUUGGCUUUCUAUAGUGGCAUUCCCUCUUGGUGGACUAUCUGAUGGAAGAAUCUACUGGACUAGCCUCAAACAUCAAAGAGGUUUGGGCUUAAACUAAACAACUGGAUUCAUAGUCUCAGCUGUGGCUCUGAUGAGAUGGAUGCCUUGUUUGUAUGAGUAAAACCACACUCUGGUUCCUGGUAGCAGCCUCACAGCACUAGGCCUGUAAGGCUUCUGCAAAUCCCCAAUGAGGUAAGCAGAAUUGCGAUGGUAGGCAGCACAUUUGAUUUUUCACUUAAAUUCCUGCCCUUCCCCCAGACCCAAAUCCUAACUAGCUAUCUUACUACAGCUGAAUUCUCAGUAGCUGACAGUUCUUCAUGAGAUAAGUUGUGGAAGGGUAUGUAGGGAGGAGUGAGAACUGUUAUGUUGUAAGAAGAAUCUGAAGUGGCAUUUCUUACUGUACUGAAGUGACUGGCAGCAUUUUUUUUUAGCCCAAAGGAUGCGAGGGCUACAAGUGUGAAAAGCAGGUAAAUGGAAAGAUCAUUUUUUCUAAGCUAUGUUGAGAUUGAUGUGUAUUCUGAGACCAUCAGCAUCUCUCCAUAAGUGUGCUGCUAAACUGUAUGAUCAUCUAUUUUAAGACUAUCAGAAUUGGACAAAACCCAGGGGACAAUACUUUGCACACAACCCAGACUCUCUGUUAUCUUACUUUUAUUCUUUUAAUCUCUACUGCCUUCACAACUGGCUGACUUAAUUUAACCCUUUAUGGAAUGUUGCCGUUAAUCCAUAUGCUUUAGAUAACACUUUACAGCUGCACUGCAAUUCACAGAGGUUUCACGUAACUUGAGCAUAUUUUAUGUGGAAAUAUUUUAGUAACUGUAUGUUCUGUAAGUAAAUCCGUGUUGAUACUUGUUAACUACAGAGUUUAUGAUACUAAUAAUACUUCCUACAAUAAAAAUGUUUGUUUGUUUUUUUAAGAAUGUUUAUUUGUAAACAUAUGUAUUCACUAUAUUAAUAUGAAUUUCUUACCUGGCAAUAAAACUGAUUCUACGUGAA